AUCUCACUUCUCAUUCCAUUUAAAAAACCUCCGUUUCCCUUUCUCCUCCUCCAUAUUUAUGCACCAACAAAUAUAUGAAGUGUCACGUACUUUAUUUGUUCUGAAUUUCUAAAAUCUUGAAUUUAGGAAUUCACAAAUUCCAACACCACAUGCCAAUCAUCCAAGAAAUCUCAGGAAACUACCACCGGCACCCCCGUGAACAUGGCCAGAACGACCCUCAAUCACCAGCGGCGCCACCUCGUCAAUUGCAUCAAAGUCCAAAACGAAAGAUAGAUUCGGCCCCAAGAAAGCUCCUUUUUCUCUUCCUCAAAUGGAUCAUCAUGACAUUCAUCCUGUCUUUGUUACUGAUCUUUGUAGGCUUCGCUGCCCUGGUCCUCCUUCACAUCCUCCUCACGACCGCAGUGGUCCACCGCCACCGCCACCGCCGACGCCGGCAAACCCGCCGAUCUUUUUCCCGCAGCUCCUCAUUAUAUUCCAUGCAAGAGCAAGACCUCUAUGACCUCCUCCCGCACCUUAACUACUCUGCAUCAGAACAGACCACAAUGGAUUGUGCAAUUUGCUUGGAGAGUUUCAAGGAGGGAGAGCUUAGCCGGAAGCUGCCGGAUUGUAACCAUUUAUUUCACCUGAAUUGUGUGGAUAAUUGGCUUACGAAAAAGCCCAACUGCCCUGUUUGUCGAACCCGGGUUCAGCUCCAUUCAGGGGCUUCUAGGUCAAGAGACAGUGAUGAUGACGGGAAGUUUUGGUGGCCUGUUGGGGCCUGAAGAUGGCAAUGCUGGGAUUUUGGAUUUUAAUGAAGGAAAUAAUUAAGGCAGCAUCUUGCGGCCAACUGAGUGGCUGGAACCUGGAAGUGAGACGAACUUCUGGCUGUGGUGAACAUUAUGUUUCCAGAUUGUAAGAUGUGCAUAAUGUCUCGAAUCAUACAGUAGGCUGACUUUUCUACGUACCUAAUACAUGUUGGAGAGGAAAAAUCAUCAAACAUUUGUGCAUCUUGUGUGAAAUUGGAAUGAAACAGGGCAUUCUUGAUAGCUCAGCUUGUAAAUGAGAUGACAUGAGCUGAUUUAAUCCUUGUGCCUCAGCGUGCUACUGACCAUUGAGCUAGCUACUUCAACGCCCAUUGAAAUUUGUACCACCAUUAGGGGGAGGGCAAAAUGAAGAAAGGAAGAGAAAAGGGUAAGAGACGGAAGUAGCUUUGGGUGGUGGAAGCCUGGAAGGGAAGUUCAAUGUUGGUGGGUAUGGGUUUUUCUUUUAUUUUAUUUUUCUGGUAAAAAACAUAAUGCCAUUUUAGGGUAUUCAUUAUACAUAUAUAAUGUUUUGUUAUGUCAACGGUGGGGUUGUAGUAUAUGCUACUUUGCAUAUGUUUCAGCUCUCUAUCAAUAAAGUUUUGCAAUUUUACUUGGAAAAAAACAUAGGGGGUGUAAUAUUGAAAAGCUUUGGGGAACUCGGUGAAACUGUUAGAACUCUAAGGGGAGGUUUUUGAAAUUAUUCUAUAUCCUCUUGAAACAGAGCAUUGAAUUCUCCUUCUAUGGUUUUGGCACAAUCUUGACCUUUACCCUGUUGUAACCGACUAUCAAUCUAAAAUGUGGGUUUUGCAAUUUUUAGCACUUGCUGAACUUUGCACUCUUUUGCUGCAAAUAGGCAAAAAAAAUUUCUAUCACUCUUUGGUACCAGCAAAGUACAAAUACUUGAUAAUAGCAAAUCUUUGGUAUGCGUAUCAGCUCAUGUUUAAAAAACCAUUUACACUAGAUAUAGGGGCAAAAUUUUGACAGAUUUGAUGGUGAAAAUGGACUGAAGUAUCAAAAUUAGACACUUUUUUAUUAUUGAGGGACUAAUUUAAGACUCAAAAUAGAUGAGAGAUCAAAAGUUAAUAAUUAUUUUCCCAAGUAUUUGUUAUCCCAAACAAAUAGAACGAGAUGAAAGAUUUCAAUCUUUUAUCGACGAAUAUUAAUGUUUUGUGUAGACUUUCUGGCUCUGUUUACCUAUUCUCUAUCACACCAAGUCUUCCCUCCGUAGUUGUCACCGGUCUUAUAAAACCGAGUGUGGAUCUUAAACUCCCUUUCCGCGAAAAAAGUCUCAACCAUUGCGGGAGGACUUAUUCUACUUGAAUUUGGUAGUAGUAUAUAAUAUACCAUCCCAAAGCCAGAAGACGGCCAGAAGACGAAAGAGUUGUUUAUGUCUUGCAAGUCACAAAAGCUAAGCAGAGUUUGUCAAGAAAAUUUAGUCCUUGGAAGAGAACCAGCAAUGGAGUUUUUACAGCCAAUUGGUGCUGCUGUGAUGGUUUUGCAAGAGUCAAUUAAACUUCUUCCGAAGAAUGGGAAGCUCGUAGCCUUAACAAUUGUACCAACUCUCCUCUUUUCCUCCCUCUUCUUCUUGGUUUUCAACUUCUCCUACAAAUCAUUACUUCGCGAUAUGCUCAUGAGGGAGUCUAUGUUACCUCUUACCAGCGCCAACAGCGCAGAAUUCUCCAGCAUUCUCGCCCAUCUCAAAGAAGAUUUCGGCCUUAUGCUGGUUGUUGAUCUUACUUUCAUUCUUGGCUACUGUAUCAUCUCCCUCCUGUCGAUAAUUGCAACAGUUCUAGUAUCCACCAUUUCGCAUACUGAGAGGACAUUAAGCAGCAAGGAUUUCGCUCUCCUAGUACUUAGAUCCUGGAAAAGGCCGUUGAUCACUGGGUUUUACACAACUCUUCUUGAUAUUGGCUAUGUAUUUUUGGUUCUGUUUGUGGCUAGCCCUGUCAUGAUGUUCUUUAGUAAUUCCAUGGAGGAGGUCUUCUUCACCAUGUACUUGGUGGGAAUUGCUGCCUCGAUCGUUUAUCUGUACUUAUCGAUCCCCUGGAUUUUGGGCAUAGUGACUUCGGUGAUUGAAGAAGAUUGUUACGGGAUUCAGGCACUGGGAAAAGCGGGGGAUCUGAUUCAGGGAAUGAAGAUUCAGGGAUUCGUUCUGAAUAUGAUGUUUGCUCUGCUCUCUGUGGUUGUAUUUCAAGGAUUCAGGAUUAUUAGAGGGCACAAAUGGCUAGUGAAUCAGACAAUUUUCGGAUUGUUUCUUGUGAAUGUCUCGCGUUUAUUAAGACUCUUACAAUUUGUGGGGUAUACGGUCCUAUAUUUCCAGUGCAAGAAGAACCAUGGUGAAGAGAUUGAACUACAAGGGGAAGUUGAGUAUACUAAAAUAUCUUCCACGCCUCUUGCUGAUGUUGGUAUGCCAUAAAUACAAGCAUGACAUGAACAAGACUUGCAACUAGAUGAAUUGCAACCUAGAUUUCAUCUGCUGUUGUUGUAAUUUUAUGUCAGAUAUUAUCUUUGUCAUUUAGACAUCCCUUGUUGAUUUUUACAUUUCCUUGCUUUUAUGAUGCAAUUAAGUAGUUGAGGACAGAAAGUUCUGCUCCUUGCUUGGUAACUGGUUUCUAUUAACAUGGUUACCAAAUAAAAAAAUAUAUUUCUAAAUCUACUAAAUAAAUUUUCCAAUGUUGCUUGAUUUAAAA